AUGGCCGUGGUCGGCGAAAGCUCUUCAGCUUUGGCUAAGUCACCGGAAGACAAGCCGGUGAUCGUUAGGGUUAAACGCAAAGCAUUACAGUCUCCACUUGACGCUUUCUGGCUGGAAAUCAAUGAGAGGCCGCAGAAGCGUCCGUUACUGGAUUUUGAGAACCUUUCAAUGUCUGAUUUAACUGCGAAGGCAGAGGAAUUGAAGACCAAGAAGGUUUUCGUGCAGCAUGUAGAGACAGUAAGCAGCUUUCACACCACUGUUGAUGUUGUGAAAUCAUUCGUGGACCUAAAUUCCAAUGAUGUGUGCGAUCGUAAAACAAGGAAUGAAGAACGCAAACAUACUUUUAAAAAGGAGAAUCAGAAACAAGAUCAGAUUUUGUCUAAAGCUAGACAGAAACAGGAGGUUGUUGCGAAAAAUGCACGUUUUGAACAAAUAUGGAGGAGCAGAAAGGGAAACAAAGAAACAUCACAUGAGAAAUUACAUGAAAUGUGUCAUUUCUAUGAUGUUGUUCGCGUUGACGUUGAGGAAAGAUCUAAUGAGUUGCAACAGGAGGAUGAGAUAUCUUUGGAGGACCAGAGGAUGUUAAAUAGUUACUUGCCUCUACUGAGAGAGUUCAUUCCAAGUGCUGCUUCGGAGAUUGAAUCAGAUUUAUCUGCUAACAGCUCCAAACAAGCAUCCGAAGAUGGGUAUGUAUAUGACUUGUAUGCUGUGAAGGAGGAAAUGGAUAUAGAUACUGAAGAUUCUUCAAAGCCAUUUCCCUUGGUACAAGUUGAUGACGAGGAUUUAUAUGACGGGCCUGAUGAAUCAGAAUAUGAUACUGAUGAUUCUAAUGCUGAAAACAACCCGCUCAAUGAUUAUCCAGAAGAGAUAUCUGAAGAGGAAUCAGAGAGUGACACCUCCGAUGAUGAAUCAGAAGAAAAUGAGAGUUCUAGUGAAAAAUCUUCGGAACCGAAGGGUUUAGAAGACAAUGACCUUUUAGAAGAUGAUAUGUAUGCUGAGAAUGAUGAUGGUGAUGACUUUGAUUAUGAUGUUGAUCAGAGUGAUGAUGGUGAAGAUCGGAGAUGGUCUUAUAGGUGA